CCAGAAAUAUUAUUGUUUUCCUGUGACAAAAACAUUACAGUCAGUCUAUAAGAAAUCUGUCAAACGUUGCAAAUUUGAAUAAUUAUCGAUGGAGAUAAUAAAUAUAUUGCUAUUGUGUCUGACAACUCAUACAGUGUGGUCUGGUCUUGGGAUACGAAAAACUCUACGGAAGAAUUAUGAUAAAUUACGGAAAAGAAUUAACGAAGUCACCGGUGGAAAGAAAGGAGAUGAAAUGUUUUUGGAUGUAAAUGAUUUUGAAUACCCUGGCAGUAAUGAGACUCAACGUCAAAUACACCGUGAACGAUGGGAUGAAUAUUAUAAGUGUUUAAAAAAUAAAUAUGCGAAUUUGGGUGCUGAAAAGACAAUGUUUCCCAGGGCAGUGGCGGUACUUGAAGGAACUGCUGUCAUAUUAGAGUGUCAGAUCUGCAUAUCACCAAUAAUAAUAAAUCUGGAUAAAUCAACCUCAUGGUAUUUUGAUCCUAAUAAUUUUAAUAUGGUCAUAUCGACUUCCGAAAGUAUGGAACCAAUUGAGACAACAGAACACAUAAUCAUUUCAUCAGAUGAUGCUGGCUUAAACAUGUAUAAUAUUAGGUCCUAUCAGUCUGGUUCUUAUUGGUGUGAGUUAGAGGGUACUGUUGAUGCUCCCUAUUACUUACAUGUUGAUAAUGGUACGGAACCAGUACACACUGUACACAAAUUUGAGGAAAUAGCACCUGCAGUGGUACUGCCAGAUUAUAACAUUAAAAUAUACUCGACAUGGACAUCCUGGACAGUGUGCUCUACCUGUGACGUUGUAGGAAAGAAAAUUCGAAGUGGUUACUGUACCAUUUCUUUAUUGGAAAGUACUGCCCAUCGAUAUAUAGCUAAUGAGAGUAUACCAGGAUUGCGAAAUCAACGUGACGUAGCUUCAACCUCAGUUGAUCAAGAGAGAAUUUCUCAAAUAAAUAGAAUUUUGCCAAUAUUUGAGAAUAAAUUGCCGUGCAGGUCAAGAUAUACACCAAGUAUUAUUCAGGAUAUACCUGCGAUUAAGAAACGCAAAACAGAAAUUCACAUGAGAUUUUGUAAGCCUAGCUGUCCGAGAAAUGUUGUAUUUGAGGUCCGCGAUCGAUCAGGGCACGUCUUGGAGAGUGCAAAUAAUAGUGCUGGUAUAUACUCUGUGCUGCAGGGUUUACCGGAAGCUCCACCAUCCGUGGAGCGAAUUACAAUUUACCGGAAGCAUGACACUAAAACUAUUCUUGAAUGUCCAGGAAAUCUGAACAGCAAUGCUCCUGUAAUUUGGAAAAUUCGCGAUAAAUUUAUGAAACCAUCUACGAUGAGAGAACUAUCCAAAGGGAGAAUCAGUAUAGAUGUCCGUGACCGAAUAAUUUUUGAAAAACUACGUUUUUCAGAUGCAAAUAUUUACAGUUGCUGGCAAAAUGGAGAACUAGCCGGUACUAUCAGGCUCGAGGUCGCUCAGGAAAUGGAAAUAAAAUUUGAUCAUCGUCUUUUCAUGAUCGGCAGCGUAGCAAUACUCGGAGUAUUCGUAUUUGUAUUUUGGAAGGCAUUUAAAGGUCGUAAGCGUAUUAGAAGCAAACGAUAAAAGAUCAAUAUAUGUAUUUUCA